CUUAUGUUCACAGGUCUUGGUGUGCCCUGCAUUUUUUCAAUAUAUUCUUUUGAUAAUAAAUUAAAUUCCUUGUGAUACAUUGGUAAAGAAAAGAUAACAAGAAGAAGCACAGACAGCAAAGAAUCGCCGUGUUCUCCACAAUUUUCCGCCAUUUUGAAAGCUACGAGUGUAAAAUUUAGUGAUUCGUCAGAAAACGCGUUGCUUAUAAAAUUGCUAAAAUUGCUGAGAAAACGUACAUAAAAUAAAUAAAAUAAGUGUACAUUUUUAGUGGAGCAACCAAGGAAGUGUUUGUGAAUAAAAAGUAGUUGUUUAAACAUUGUGUUUGCUCGAUUUGUUCGAGGAAAAUUUUAUGUUCUGUACAAGCGAAAAGGGCUAACCAACGCAGAAAAAAGCAAGCCUACUACAAGUGAGCGAGUAGCACCACAAAAUCCACGGUCUGCCGCCGCGGCUAUAAACUUAAAAGGCAACACUUUGUAAAAUAUGGUUUAUAACUUGUUACAAAUUUAAAGUUUGUUGACGUGCCUAUCGCAGAAAAUAAAAUUGAAAGUUGUCGCGCAGUCAUAGUUCGUUUCGUUCCCAGACCUUGUCAACGUCGCAGAACACAUUUAAGUCGGUCAAUACAUACAUAGUGACCAUUCAACAAAUCGUUCGUGAAUUUUGUCCCUUUAAAAUAGUGAAAACUAUUACUGGUAAAAUGGACAAUUCAACAUGAAUGAAAUGAAGUUAUUAUGUAUGAAGGAACCUCAUUUGUAUUAAAUUGUAAUCGUUGUGCCAGUUGAAAUAUCUGAGAAAAUCUGUGUCGUAUAAUUUUACGCUUUACAUAGCUGAACUCAAGUGGAAAAGGAAGUGCAAGAUACGAACGAUUGCGCUUAGUUGGAAAACCGAAAAAUUGCAAUUCAUCACAUUUCUUUUUUAAGGUCAAAGUUUUAUAUUAUUUAUAGAGGAAGAGUGUAUUUAACACACAAACAUAUUAACAUAGACUUGGAAAACGAAAACGUAGUUUUAAAUACAAAAAUACGGUAGUACCACACAAUGGAUAAAAAUAUGAUGUUACCGAAGCGUUCACGCUUAGACGUGAAAGGCACAUUCGCCAAUGGUCCGUUGCAGGCACGUCCAUUGGUUGCGUUACUUGAUGGACGCGACUGUUCAAUUGAAAUGCCUAUACUGAAAGAUGUGGCCACAGUGGCCUUCUGCGACGCACAAAGUACAUCCGAGAUUCAUGAAAAGGUUUUAAAUGAAGCUGUCGGCGCACUAAUGUGGCAUACUAUAAUCCUUACAAAAGAGGAUUUGGAAAAAUUCAAAGCUUUACGUAUUAUAGUGCGGAUUGGUAGCGGUACGGACAAUAUCGACGUGAAAGCAGCGGGUGAACUAGGUAUUGCCGUUUGUAAUGUACCGGGUUAUGGUGUUGAGGAAGUAGCAGAUACAACAAUGUGUUUGAUAUUGAAUUUGUAUCGAAGGACCUAUUGGCUGGCGAAUAUGGUGCGCGAAGGCAAAAAAUUCACUGGUCCUGAACAAGUUCGAGAAGCAGCGCAUGGUUGCGCAAGGAUUCGAGGAGAUACCUUAGGACUUGUAGGACUUGGUCGCAUUGGCAGCGCUGUCGCUUUGCGAGCAAAAGCAUUUGGCUUUAAUGUUAUAUUUUACGACCCCUAUCUUCCGGAUGGUAUCGACAAAUCGCUUGGUCUAACUCGUGUCUACACCCUACAAGAUUUGCUGUUUCAAUCGGAUUGUGUGUCGUUGCAUUGUACACUCAACGAACACAACCACCACUUAAUUAACGAAUUCACAAUUAAACAGAUGCGACCUGGUGCAUUUUUGGUAAACACAGCACGAGGCGGGCUGGUCGAUGACGAGACCUUGGCACUGGCUCUGAAACAAGGCAGAAUAAGAGCUGCAGCUUUAGAUGUGCACGAAAACGAGCCCUACAAUGUAUUCCAAGGAGCCCUUAAAGAUGCUCCAAAUCUUAUAUGUACACCACAUGCAGCCUUCUUCAGCGAUGCAUCCGCAACCGAGUUGCGAGAAAUGGCAGCAACGGAGAUACGACGGGCAAUAGUCGGCAAUAUUCCAGACGUCUUAAGGAAUUGUGUUAAUAAGGAAUAUUUCUUGCGAACACCAGCUGUGGCUGCUGCUGCUGCAGCUGCGGCAGUGUAUUCAGAAGGAUUAAAUGGCGGAUAUUAUGCAACGAGCGGACUGCAACAGGCCCAUAGUACCACACAUGAUGUACCGCAUAGUGCAGCUGGCAGUGCGCUUAUCGUUCCACCGCCGCCGUCGGUAGUGAAUCCGUCGCCAGUUCCUACGGUGCCGUCGGUGCAUAUACCACCGCAAGUUGGAUUACAGCAUGGACUUGUGAGUAGUAAAUCGCCCCUGAAUGCACCAGACCCUAAUAACCAUCUUUCGUCUGCUUCUAACAUACCAGAGCCAUCAGAGGUCCAAUAGUUCAAAAGCGCCAACAACUGUGAGUGGACUCAAUAAGCUAAUAUAAAUAGAAAACAAGACCUACAACCACAACCAGCAAGCAAACAACCAGAAACCGCUGAAACGAACACGCAAAUUGACCUGAAAAUAAUUUAAAAGCAAAUUCAUUAAACAAAAAGUGCAAACAAUAAAUUGCUGCGACUAAUUUUCAAACAGAAAUAUUUUAUGAACCCCGGCCAGCAGAAAGAAGUCUAGACGUGAUGUAAAAUUUUAAACCAAGAAGCAAAUAUUUUAAGAUUAAUUAUGGCAUAAUUAUACAUAGGAAAGAAAGAAAGCGUUCUAGCCGAUGCUUUGUCGAACGCAUUGAUCCAAGCUUAGCACUUAGUACGCAGAAACAGGCAGCAUAUUGAAAUAAUUACAUAAUUUAAAUGAAAGGAUGCGGAAAGCAGCAAAAAAGAAACGUAAAAAAGGAAAGAAUUUUAACUUGAUCCGUCACAACAUUUGGUUAAAGUUUUAAAGCUAAAAAUGUAUUCGCUUCUGUGAGUGAUACAAAACAUAGCAUAUUUCUUUGUAGGAGUAUAUUACACUUUAAACACGCUUAUUCGCUCUACAAUACUUAAAAACAUGUUCAAACAAAUACAAAUUAAUUGAAUAAAUGAAUAAUUCAGAGUGAAGUACAACUAAAUAUAAACAAAAUGUAUAAGUAUCAAGCUCAUUAUAAAUGUUUAGUUAAUCAAAAAAGUUGUCUUACAUAAUAAUACUCCUUUAGAUUUGCAAUUAAGUUAAGUUACUUAUGGAAUUCAGUUAAAUAGUUUUAUCUGAAUUGAUUUAGAAAGUAAAUAUACAAUAUGCGAGAGCAGAUUGUAUUACCAACGAGUAGAUGUUACAAAAUAGGCUUCAAAUAACACGCUUAAGAAUUGUGAAAUAAUUUAAUUCUGAUUUUUUUCCGAGUGAUGCUUAAGCGUUUGCUAAGAAAUGCGGUCGGCAGUUGGUUACACUGCAGUGACACUCUUCAAAUGUGCAUUUGCAUAUAUUCCCUAAAAUAUUCAAAUAAUAACUAAUCCGUAACAGCACUGACCCUCUAUAUAGUGUGCUCAAUAAUAAUACAACGAAGUUUUUGUACUGUUUUUCUAAUUUUGCUUAUAAGAGUGUGUAUACAUAUGUAUCCCACCUAAUUGCUUCUAUGCAAAUGAAUAAAUAAAGCGUUUGCAUAAUGAGUAUUUCUUCAAAAUUGAUUUUUUAUUAGCUGUUCUUGAAAGCCUGCCUAACCUGUAAAGCCGCAAUUCGCUUAACUUUUAAUAUUUUUAGAGUUCUUGUAAGGAUUGGAGUUUUUCAAAGGUGUUUCAAGCAGAAAGCUCACUGUUUUGGCUUCGUCCACCUAAAUUUCCUUAUAUAACCAUUCUCAGCUCUCAUUUAAGCUGAAAAAAAUAGCUAUAUAUUUUUAUUAGAAAAUAUAAAUGCAACAAUUAAACCUACUGCCGUCUGGUCAAUGCAACUAAACGCUUGCUGUGCGCUCACUCAAUAUUUAAAUUGUCCACACCAUUCGAAAGGAAACUUUUUUCCCCAUAUAAAUUGCAAUAAAAUAUUUGAAAAUAGCUUAAAAAUCAGAAAAUCGUAUGCGUUGUUAUUAACUAUUGGCACCUUUUCCUUAUGAUUUGCAUUAUCAUAUGUGUAUUUAUGGCAAUAAUGGCAAACUUCCAUUAAAUUUUUAAUUUUUUUUUUCAUUUAUUCCUUUGAAUUUAUAAUUUUGAACUAUCUAACGUCUUGCAAUACGAGAUUCACAAAGCAGUACACGGAUAGUUCGAUUCUGGUAUUGUAUCUAUAAAUAUGUAGAUUUAAUUUUAAGCACCCAUACAACAUAUGAACAAGCAAGUAAAACACCAUACAUACAACACUGGAACAUACACGCAUACAUAUAGACAUCAUUGAUUUAAUUUGAUUUACAAAUAUAAAUGAAUUAUUGUACGAGU